AUGGAUCAUCUGAUUCCAACUGAUAAUAAAGCAGCAAUGCUUCUCAAUGAUGAGUUGAGUUUUGCAAGAGACAUAAAACAUCUGGACAGUAAUGACAUUGAAAUAGUCAGAGUGAAAUCGGAACAGAUGAAAAUGGAACAAGAUGCUACUCAUAGUGAAGAACAUUGUGAUGGAGAAACAUACACAUUAGCUUGCCAUGAUGGAAGGACAUAUUACAACAAAAUGGAUGACUGUUUUGAUGUCAAGGAGGAGUGUCUUGAACCAGGCCAUCACAGCACCUCGAACAGUAGUUGCAAUUUGAAUAAAAAACCUGGCCAAUCAACUACAACUUUGAACAAAGAUGGCGGUCUUGUAGAACACAGAUUAACACAGAUUAAAAACGACACUUUGCUCUGUGAUCACUGCAACCGCCUUUUUUCUACUAAAACUGUGUUAGCCGAUCAUGUCAGGAGUUGCAAUGUUUACCCACACGAAAAAGUCUACUCGUAUGUAAGUUCGAGAAAAUCUUAUACUCGGAGGAAGAAGGUUAAUGUACAUCGGUGCGCGGUUUGCGAGAAACAAUUCGCACAACAGUGCAAUUUGAAGAUACAUAUGCGAACACAUACAGGAGAGAGGCCGUACGCGUGCAAUAUAUGCGACGCCAGAUUCACCCAAGCAGUCAUCCUGAGACACCAUGUCCAAUCGCAUUCAGAUGAUAGACCGUAUCAGUGUGAAGUUUGCGAGAAAAAAUAUAAAGUAAAAAAAUAUUUUCUUGCGCAUUUAAAAAUACAUGCAGGCGGCGUGAAACCAAAAUAUCAAUGUGAUUAUUGCAACAAGUGGUUUUCGCGGCGAUCGUAUUUACGUCGACAUACAAACCUGCACACCGGGAAGAAUCUUCUAGAAUGCAAUGUUUGUCACAAAAAGUUUGUGCAUCUGCGUUUAUUCAAAAUCCAUGUGAUGUCACACGAGAAGAAGCCUUACGAAUGUGAUGUGUGUAAUGUUAAAUUUAUUCACAAGAACAGUUUCACAAAGCACAAAACGAUACACUUCUUGCGGGAUUCAGUCAAAUAUUUAUGUGACCAUUGCGACUUGACGUUUGAAUGUAAGUUAGCACUUUGUCGCCAUAUACAUGAUCUCAACAUUUAUCCACAUAUCAAAUUACCCUUAGAGUCGCCGAAGCCUCGGAUUCGCCUAUUGGACCCGCCCAGUACGCGCUGCAAGGGAGAUCCGUACGAGUGUGCUGUUUGCAACAAAAAGUUUUCCAAUCGAAAGGAUUUUACGAGGCAUGUACGCGACACACACAUGGGGGAAAAGCCGUUCACUUGCACUAUUUGUAAAAAACCGUUUGCCCGAAAACACUACCUAAAGCAUCACAUGAGAGUGCACAGUCGCGGGAACCGGUACGAGUGUAGUGUUUGCGACAAAGCAUACACAACAAAAAAGGGUUUGACAGAUCACUUGCCGUCGCACACCGAGAAGCGACAUCGGUGCGAUGUUUGUCACAAGAAGUUCUUACUCGUCAGUACUCUCAACAAGCACAUCCUCACACACAGAAACGAUACGGACGACACGCUCAGGUGCAAUCAUUGCGGACAUAAAUUCAAGUCUAAAUCUAAAUUGAGAAAUCAUAUUAUGAAAUUCAAUGUUUAUCCGCACGCUAAGCGCGGAGAAUCAAAGACUCUAGUUCCUAGUCAUGUCGUUGAAGAUCUCAUCAAGAACGCAAUGAUCAAGAAAGAGAGUCCUCCAAUGACAAGUACUGAACGUCUAGAAACCGAGCGUAGAGUCAAAACUGAAGGUAUGGAAGAAAUACAUCAACAAGCUGUGUGUAUUAAAACUGAACAUUCUGAUGAAAAUACUGGAAUAAAACUAGAACCAAGUGCCUUAUUGACCCCAAAUAGUAUGACAGCAAAAUCAACCACGAAAAAUGAGAAGGAAUGCCCUAUCUGCUUCAAAGUAAUGUCGCACAAAUACAGCCUCAAUAUUCACAUGAAAAUCCACACUGGCGAGAGAUCAUUCGCAUGUACUGUUUGCGACAAGAGAUUUCAACUGCGCAAGACUCUGCAAAUCCACAUGAGAACGCACACUGGUGAGAAACCAUACCAGUGCCAUGUUUGCAAGAAACGAUUUUCGACUUUAUCGCCGCUGAAUACGCACUUAAUAUUGCAUACGGGCGCCAAGCCUUUUCAGUGCGAUGUGUGCGAAAAACGAUUCGCUUCGAAAUCCAAUUUGACAAACCACGUAAUAUCGCACAGAAAGGACAAGAUGUUUAAAUGUAAUGUGUGUAGUAAAGGAUUCGCUCGCGCAUCCAGUCUGAAGCAGCACAUGAGACGUCAUCUCGGUGACAGACGGUACGCUUGCAAUUUGUGCGAUUGUAAAUAUGUAAAUAAUACACAUCUGAAGCGCCACUUGCUGACACACGGUGUCCGUGAGAAGCGACACGCUUGUAAUGUGUGCGACAGAAAAUAUUUAACGACAAAUCAUUUAAAACGACACUUGCUAACCCACGAAUAGUAUAGUUAGUACUAGUAAUACCUAAACAGUUUUUUUCAUAUUUGGCAUAAAAGGUAAACAAUCGUAGUGCGUCUUUUUUAAUCAAAAUAUAAUCAAAUAAAUAACCUAGAGAUAAAAUAAA